AGGUACAGAUCGACACAACAUGUUGGAAAUGGAAGACCCGUCAGUCAACUAUCCUUUAACCUCGGGAAAACCGUUAACAAUGUUCACUAACGCUAAAAUCAUUUGGUCAAGUCAUACAAAGACGAAGACUAAACAAGAUCUCGUUACAAGUAUGGCUUCCUCUGGGUACUACGACAGCGUUUCGCAUUAUAAGGCUUUGGUAGCACGGAGGAAAGCGCUUAAUGACGAGUUAAACAACGCUCCAGCAUCGUAUCGUGGUAUGCUAUUGAGGUUUGCACCCGGUGAAUAUUACUACAUGUGUACAAGAAACAACAACUUCAGUAAUCGUGACCAGAAAGGUAGACUUGGGGUCCGACCAUGAAGCUGUUACGGACUAUUAACUCAAAAUCGUCUCCUGGCUCUUCGUAGCCAUGGGAAACUGGUUUGAUAUUGACAUUGCAUGAGAUUGAAUUUAAAUUUUACAUUUUUAGAAAUAACCAAACUGUACCGUAUUUUGCAUGCAACUUUUCCUAACUAUUUGUUUAUGGAUAAUAAUUGUUAAGUACAAAAUUAAAUAAUUAGACUGCAUGUAUUUCCUUCAUUAACAUAUUUACCUUUUUAUAUUAUUUUACUCUGCCCAUGACCUCUCACUUCUUCAUUGAUAUAGCAAACUAAAAUUUCUCAAAAACCAAACAAAUAUCGUAAGACUCUCAAAUUAACAAUCAUGCAUAUGGUUCUUUCUAAUUUGAUAAGCCCAAAUCACUGUAAACUAAUGCGGACGUCCGAUAUCAAUUUGCUCAAUUGAAUUUGUGCAUAUACGCAACAAUUAUACCCAUUGCAUGCUUUCACGCUGGACAUAUUCAGUGGCAUAUGGGCUCAUUUUCCAGCGGACUUGACUCAUUUUCCUAUGGACUCGUCUGAUAAAAUUAGCCCCCACGAGUGUGGCGGGGUGUGGGGGAUUCGCUAAAUGUUACCAACUUUUUUUUCAAAUUAAGUUUCAAAUGUGUUAACUUGUUAACACCGCUAAGUCAAACGAGGUCAUGGAUAGGAAGAGGCAAGCUGCAAUUUUCGUUAAUAGUACUCCAGACAGCUGCCUGUAUUGAUAUAUUUAGGCUACAUACACGUACUAUAUAGAUAUAGGCCUAUGCAUGAUAACAGCCUUUCUCGAUAUGCACGAUAACAUAAUAUUCUGGAAAAUUAUGGUGGAUUUAGUGCAUGCAUAUUUUGUAAUCUUAGAAAGACCAUACUAUAGACAUAUGGUCAUAAUAAUUGAAUAUCUGUCAAUUUAAUCAUGG